UGAGUUCUGUUUCAUCUGGCAACCCGCUUGGUCGCUUUCAUCAGCUAGUUAGCCUUCGAGGCAGCUUCUGACCACAGGACUCAAAAUUUACUCAGUUUAAUUGAACUGUGUCGCUCGAGAUGGUUGUACUUAACAGUAACGCCAGCAAUGAAGAACACGAUAUAAUCCUGAUAGAAGAGCGCUGCUCCUCGUUGCCCAGCUCUCCUGCCAAACGGGUAUCUCCAGCCAAAAGGAAGCAAUUCUUUAUAAGCCAGGCCAUACGAAACUCUGACCUUACACCCAAAGCCAAGGGUAAAAAAAGUUUGAGAAGACAGGAGAACACUCGCUACCUGGAUAAUCUUCUGGAGCGGGAUGAGUGCUCCAAAGAUGAGACUGAAGUACACGAGACGGCCUCGCCGACUGUUUUCACUGAAGCAUGCACCAAUGGAAACUAUGUGGAGUACUGGAGUGACUUCAUGAACCGCUCAGGAGAGGAGCAGGAGAAACUGUUGGCCCUGCUGGAUGAGGAGACAACAAGACAGAGUAACUCUAGCAAGGCCCCAAAAGACCAGAGAGAGUUGAACCCUGCCUUCACCGCUCAGGAAUGCUUCCAAAGAAUUGAUCGGAAGUUGCGUGCAACAUUGAAACGCAAACAUAUUCCCAAGACGACAUUGGAGCUUCUGGAGAGUGACCUGCUGACCUUUUUUGAAGCUCACCCGCAAUCUAUAUACGUCACCAAACUUAGCAACAGUUUUGAGAGACUGUUGCUUCAUGCCAUUUGCCAGUACAUGGACCUCGCCUCAGCCAGCACUGACUGUAAUGGCGCACGACAGACAAAGGUUGUGAACAAGCAAGAGGAGUUCCUCCCUCCUUCACCAUUGCUCUCGGCUUAUUUGGAGCAGAGGAGCUGAGAGGAGGACAGUAUUCUAGCACUGCUACCUAAACUGGCCAGUAUGAAUCGUAGAAGCAGCUUUAAAUAAACAGUCUGAUUUCCUGAUCUCUACCGGCUACAAAAGAAAGGCUUUGGUUUAGAGAGUGUGUCACUAUGUUCUUUAAUAGGCUCAUGCACUAGCUACUUGAAAUUUAAAUAGACUUAAAGUAGACCUUAAGUAAAGCACAAAAAUACCGUAUAGAUUCAGAAUAUUGUCCCGGCAGAUGUACUGUUUUGUCCCAAAGGGCUUUUAUAGGUGCUACCAGUAAAUUUGAAUGAUAGAUUUUUACUACAAAAUCACACAAAACUCAUAAUAAAAUUUAAUAAUUCUGGCUUAUGAAACCUUGUGUAAAUCUUGCAUGAUUAGACCUUGCGCAAAAAAAAAAAAGUAUUAGCAGAUACCUUGUUGAUAGCAUCUUGAAGUAUCUCUUUCUGCAGCAGUGACACAGCUGAUAGAUUUUAGUGUAAUUAAUCUUCUACACCAUAGUAUUUCUGACUUCUCAAGACUAUACUGAGGGUUUUGUUGAAACUAAUCGUGAUUCAGUUAGAGAUUUUUCAGUUUCGAAUGUAGUGGUCUAGCAUGUGUACAUGUGGCUGAGUCUGUAAAAGUGAAAGGUGUAGAAAAUCCUUUUGGCUUUGGCCAUGCUAAUUGUGAGUGGAUAAAAGAAUUAUCAAUAAUGUCAGCAUAAUAUCAGUAGUACUUGCAGUUUUAUUUCAAUAUUCACUGUCCAUAUGUAGUGUACCGAUGGAUAACUGCCAUUUUUAAUGCUUUAAUAAUUUAAUCUUAAUCUUAUAAUUAUGCUCACAUUCUCAUGAAAUGAUAUUUGGUAAAAAUGGUAGUCAUGUUUCCGUAAUCAAAAACUCUGCCAUAUGUUGUGCUUUGUACUUUUUACAUUUUUGUUAAAUUAUAAUCAUUAUAGUAAAUUAAGAAUCCUACAUCACUUUACACAACCGUUUACAAUGCAGAAAUUUGAAUAUAGGGUCUUUGUUUGGUAUUGAUAAUGGUGGACAUCAGUGAUGUUAUAUUUAAAGUUAAGGAAGCCUCCAAGGCAUGUGACGUCAGUAGACUUGCAUUACUUGUUACUUGUUCUUUACCCUGUUGUCACUGUCAUGAAACUGCCAAAAGCCAAACCAACUUGCACUUACAGCUAUGCCUUACACAUGCAUGUCAAUUUGUCAGCGAUGUGUUUUUUCAUGUUAUACAUUUAUAGAGCAAGAGUUGCUGUGGUUUACAUCGUGAGUAAAAAAUAGUCUGGAGAGACCUGACCAGUCAGGGCAUUGGUGUUGCAAACCAAAUUGUACGUGUGUAUGGUUGCUCAUUUUCUCAGGCAUCAAACCUCAUGAAUGUGGAUUUCUGUACACAUUGAACACGUUUUUAUUCACAUGAAACCAGAUGUUCCAUAUAUUUCUUUAGAUGCAAACGCUGGGCUUUGGGGCCUUUGUAGAAUAUCUACACUUGUCUGCUAUUGUUGUUAUAUACUGUACAUACAUUGAGGUCCAAAAGUCUGAGAGCACAUUGAAAAUCUGGGAUUUUUGGGGAAGAGGGGGGAAUAAACAGGAGGCUUUACAAUUUUGAAAUAUUUAAAACAAAGAAAGUAAAUGUUCAACAUCUUGAAUAUUUAAUAUUCAAGAUUCUGCACUAUUUCUAGGCCCCUAUUUAAAAGUAAGCGAAUUUGUGAUAUUGAUCAUGAUAACUGCUUUGUACAAAAGGUCUGACUGUCCUCAUGCCUGAUCUCUUCUACUGAAGCAUGUGAUCAGAUGAACCUCUGAUGGAUUUGAUCUAAAAUGGAUCAUAAGGUUUUGCACAAACUUGUGGAGUCCAUGCCAGCAGGAGUGCACACUGUCAUUAAAGCAAAAAGGAGACCAAAUACUAUGAAACUCCAAAAUUCCUGUAAAUAUUUCAAAGAUUCUACUUUUCACUCAAGUUGUUGUCAGUAAUAUAAUUUGCAAUGAAAUUUGAUGUAUUACGAAAAAAAGGAAAAUAGAAGCAUUUUCACUAGUGCUCUCAGACUUUCGGACUCCACUGUAUGUAAAGGUAGUUAGCAUCACUCACUAUAAACUAUAGGAUGCUUAAAUGUGCGGUUUUUGUUGUCCAACAAAUAGGAAAAUGACUCGUAUUAAGAUGAUUUCAUAUUUAUAUGACCAUUGUGUGAUGGGUGCAAGCCAUGAAUGACUGUCUGUACCUACAUUUGAAUAAAUACUCAGUCAACUUGAA